GACACCAUCCUGCCUCGGAACUGAAAGCGAAGAAAACGAAGGCGAAGGGAUCUGGUUCUUAAUUUUUUUAACCAUUAUUGUUUCGUUUUGUUAUAACUCUCCAAGCUGCCGAGGGCAGGAGGCUGGAUCGCCGAGGCUGCGCGCUCAGUGCCCCUAGCGCAAGAUUUUUUUGUGUUUUAUUUUGCAGCGGGGAAUCGAGGUGGCAGCGAUGUUGGAGCAAGUGAAACGGGCAAAAACCUAAAGCAGGUUGAUCUACGAGCCACCAACUCGCCUCCCCCCCCCCCCGCUCCUGCGCGGCUUGCUGUGGUUUUGAUUAACCUCUGGGCAGUUUUCUUAAAGGAGUAAAAGUAGAAGUGGCUAUACAAACAUGGCAAAGAAUUCUGUGGAAGGGUCCAAGGAAGACCUGAGCAAAGUGACGGAAGAGGACAUGUUGAGGUGCAGCAAGGAAGAGCUGGUGAAGAGGCUGAAGAAACUGGAGAGCGAAAAGAUGAACUUGAUGGUUGAGCACGGCAACUUGAUCAAGGACGUCAACCAGAGGCUCCAGAUUCACUUGCACGAGAUCAGGGGGCUGAAGGAAGUGAACCAAAAGCUCCAGGAUGACAACCACGAACUGAGGGAGCUCUGCUGCUUCCUGGACGACGACCGGCAGAAGGGGAAAAAGCUGUCCAGGGAAUGGCAGAGGUUCGGGAGGCACACGGCCGGCGUGAUGUGGAAGGAGGUGGGGAUGUACCAGCAGAAGCUGAAGGAGCUGGAAGCCAAGCAGGACUCCCUCAUGAGGGAGAACAUGGAGCUGAAGGAGAUUGUCCUGAUGUUGGACGAAGAGAGGAACGGAGCGGGCUCUCGGAGUUCAAUAGACAGCCAAGCCAGCCUCACUAACCUGAACGGGGGCUCUGGAACCAGGGAUGUUGGAGAUGGGAGCAGUACCUCCAGCACUGGCAGCGCAGGAAGCCCAGACCAUCACCACCAUCUUCACCAUCACAAGCCUGUUGAGAACAAGGCCGGUGCUAUCCGGAGGUCGAUGGAUGACCUCUCUACACCGCUUCACCACCGGAGCAUCCCUAAUGGACUGAAUGAUUCAUCUUCUAACUACAUCAGACAACUUGAAACAAAAGUCAAACUGCUAGAGGACGACAACAAACUUCUCUCUCAGCUGGCUGGUCACAACAGUUCACCAAGAAAUUUAAUUAAGCAAUCAAGCUCUGGGGAUCUGAGGACUCUGAGGAAAGGGUUAUCCCCGUACCAUUCCGAGUCGCAGCUGUCGUCACUGCCGCAGUAUCAGGACGCCAUGCAGAAUGGCCCUGUCCGCAUGGCUCCUGAUCUUGCCGCGUCUCCUGCCGUGGGAUACGUCUCCAUAAACCAGAAACCUGAAGCUGUGGUGCACGCUAUGAAGGUCCUUGAAGUCCAUGAGAAUUUGGACAGGCAAAUACAAGAAAACUAUGAAGAAGACCUGAGUGAAAAGGAGAAAGCAAUUGUUCGUGAAAUGUGCAAUGUCGUCUGGCGGAAACUAGGGGAUGCAGCGAGCUCCAAACCAUCCAUCAGGCAACACCUUUCCGGAAACCAGUUUAAAGGCCCGUUAUAAGCACCUCACGCAGCAAGGCUGGGAGAGGAAAGAGGAAGAGCAAACGGGACUGCCAGGGUUAUCUUUUCCUACUCGCUCCCAUCUUUCUGUAACUGUUUAUAGUGUAAAUAAGGCAGCUUGGAAGGCUUUGCCUGCAGGCUGUGCUGAUCCAGAACAAUGUUAAAUGGGUUAAUAACUAUCCUC